ACAGCUUUUUGUUUAGUUACUACAAUCUGUGCCUACAGAAAAAUCUUCAUGUCUCUGCGUCAUAACCAAAUUCAUGGUCAGAACCAUGUUGUUCAAGGACAAUCGAGCCAAGUAAAUACACUGAAUAAAGCUCGAUACAGAAAGGCAGUGUACAGUGCACUGUGGGUGCAGGUAACAUUGGUUAUUUGUUAUCUGCCGUACAGUAUAGCUGUAGCUUUCAGAACACUUCAAGGGGGGAUGCUUAUACCUACUUACCUUGCUAUAAGGAAUUUACAGUUACUUUAGUGUUUUUAAACUCGUCGUUAAACCCCUUGCGGUACUGCUGGAAGAUCACAGAAGUGAGACAAGCUGUAAAAGAAACAUUACAACAACUACACUUCUGUACCUGA